CCCAUAUGCCAUACCCUCCCAUUCCUGGCCUCGUUCUUGUCCAACUGUAUUCUCCAUAGAUUGCCAGGGCUUGCUAUCUUAUGCAGGGGUGCGUAGAACCUCUUACCUCAGGCAUUCCAGCAGUAGUUUAUCUGGUUUUCGUGCCUGUCUUGGCUCGUGUUCUGUAUAAAGGGUGAGACGACGGGUGGUUCUAGAUUAUGGAAUGAUGUUUUCACCGCUCUGAUCGCCGUGCAACGUUGUCAGCUGUUUUUGCUGGCUCGUAAUUCUCCUAUUUCGGUCAUUAGCGGACGUAGCAUCCAGUGAUGGUGUCAACGCCCGACGAUUAUGGCGGGUCCGAUAGAAGUCUUGUCGUACACGAGCGUGCAGAGCUGUCAAAAGUUUCCUUCUCGUGUCCGUCACCUCACCGUCGUUCAUUGCCGGUAGCAUCAAACACCAGGCAGGCUAAGAUUUCCUUCGCUUCAAUAAAAGCUCGAGUGCUAGAGCCAGAGUUGGACCAGAAUCAGUUGGCUCUCCGCCUGCGCGUCGUGGGAGAAAGCGUCCAACAGGCCAUUUCGAAGAUCCAGCUCCCAGGUCUUCCGCUCUUCAAGCUUCCAUUCUUCGACGACGAUCCGUUUGGAGCAAUCACAGCUCUAAACCAUGUCUACGCUGGGACGAUGGCUCGGACGUUGUCCCAGGUCCUAUGUCAUCCAAUUGACACAGUUAAGACCAGAAUGCAAGUAAAGGAUCCCACGAAAAAACUACGGAAAUGGAGACGUAAGGUAGUGAAGAAGGCGUUUGAAGUUGGGCCAAUCGACAUUGAUAAUUGGUUCUUCAAGGGCCCGUCCGAUCUUUUCCGUGGAGUGUGGGGUGCUAUUCUGGGCACAAUCCCAAACGCAAUGCUUUACUUCAUCGCGUACGAAGCCACCAAGAAAAAGCUGGAAAAUAAACUUCCGCCGGGACCGGUGCACGUAGCUUCUGCCACAGUUGGCACGGUCGCCGCAUCGAUUGUUCGGGUUCCUGCUGACACGCUGAAGCACAGAGUACAAGCCUACAUGCAUCGCGAUGUGUUUGAGGCCCUCAAGGUCGUCCUCCAGACUGAGGGGAUAGCUGGUCUCUACAGAGGCUUUUGGCCCACUCUGAUGAGAGACGUUCCAGAGAUCGCCAUUCAGUUUGCUGUCUAUGAGAAUCUUCGGGCCUUCGUGAAGGAGAAGAGGAAGGUUGAGAAGCUGACAACCCCAGAGCACCUGUUGCUUGGAGCAGCCGCAGGAGCAGCUGCCGCAACAUGCACUAUGCCUCUUGACCUUGUGAAGACCCGGCAACAGUGUGGUGUUUCACAAGGAAUUCACAAGAUUGUACUCGCUGUAAUGGCUGAGAGUGGGCCAGCUGGACUUUUGGCAGGACUGGGUCCUCGUGUCUUCCAUGUGUCACUGAUGUCUGCUGUGUUCUUCGGACUGUUUGAGUAUUGCAAGCUGAUCAUGAAGCCUGAUAGAUCACCCUCGGACAAGCUGUAUCUCCCAAAAAUCUGGAACAAGAGGAGAGACCACAUUUGGAAGCGUCAAUUUGUUUAUACAGAAUAGUUCUCGUCUGGCUCCUGGUCAUCAACAUAAUGUCAGCUGUGCGCUCGUGGCAUUUUUGGAAUUCCUGUGCGCUCGCCGUACAUGUUCUACUGUCAGUGUCUCAAAAGUGUCUGAAUUGUUCAGCUAAGUCCAGCCAUGUAACCAACG